GACUAAGGCGACACCGGUUGUUCGUUUUCCGGAUGCUAUAUCUAUUCAAAACUAUUUGGUUGAGGAGCUGAAAGACAAAGACGCAACUUUUCGCAGUGCGUAUGACGGCCUGAGUCUGGGUGGAAGCUAUUUGGACCGUGUUAAACUGGUGACUCCUGAUGAAUUUGAUUUGCACAUGAAGCUGAAGUUCCCAUUCCAAAUCAGCCCUGAACGUGGCGAACAUGGUUUUGUCUUCCUAUAUGCACCUGGGGGAAGAAAUGCGGCUUUCGUAUCCUCCGAUGGCUAUAUUCGUCGAGAGGAUCUUCAGGGCUGGUUGCGAGGCAUAUUAAAGAAGGUUUUCACUUCAACUCUGAGUCUCAAAUGUCUUAAUACUGGCAAUUCUUACACUGUGAGGUACACGAACGAGGGGUACGGUUGCGCCCACUCCAUAGAGGCAGUGUGCGGAGAUCGCAGCAUAUCCUUUGAUCUGGUACCGGCAUUCGAGUUCAUUUGGUCAAAGUGGCCGUUGGCUGACCCACCGGUUCCCUACCAGGUGCGUGCCCAAUAUCCCUGGUUCGCCAUCCCGCAAAAAAAAUUGGGAAGUUCCGACGAGCGUACUUUUAUGGUAUGUGCUCCGCAUUGGGAACGCGAAGUUAUGAAAAACCAUUACAAUCUCAAGAACGUAUUGCGUCUAAUGAAGGGAAUACGCGAUGGAAAUUCCGAAGCUUUGCCGCACCUAUCCAGCUACAUGCUGAAAUCGGUGCUCCUCCAAGAAGUGUCGAAUGUUAACUGGAUGCACGACGAGGGCCCUCUUUUGGUGUAUAUGUGGGGCAAAUUGGUGGAACGUCUUGAUAAUGGCAGACUCAAUUUCUUCUUGGCCAUCGGGCACAAUAUCUUCGAUCGUCUAAAUCACCAAGAAAUAAAUGCAUGCCGCACUAACGCUAAUGUGAUUUACCACAAACUACACCAAGCAUUUAAUCAGCACAACGUUUACGAAUUGCAAAAGCUUUUUAAUUUGAACUAAUCGGUUAUACACUUCAAAAAUAAAUUUAUAGCGUCUAUGCUUUGACUAUGUAAUCUUCCGAAAGCAUACUUUAUUUUAUAUAAACAAGAAACAAUUUGCUUUUCAAU